AUGAGUACAAUUGGAGUUCCAAUAAAAAUUCUUCAUGAAGCUGAGGGUCAUAUAAUUACUUUAGAAACUACAAUAGGUGAAGUUUACAGAGGAAAACUUGUUGAAGCUGAAGAUAAUAUGAAUUGCCAGUUGUCAGAAGUAUUAGUAACUCUAAGAGAUGGCCGUACCCAUCAAUUGGACAAUGUAUUUAUCCGUGGAUCAAAGAUAAGGUUUUUAGUAUUACCUGAUAUGCUUAAAAAUGCACCAAUGUUUAAAAAUAUUGGACGUGUUCAAAAAGGUGCUCUUAUAAUGGCUUCUGAUCAAAAUUCUCGAGGUCGUGGUAGUUCUUUCAGAAGGGGAGCUGGAAUGAGAGGAACAACACGUGGUGGUGCUAUGAGAGGAAGAUAA